AUGGUGAUGUUUUGGUGUCGGACUAAACAAUCACAGCUCAGAAGCCCUAAAACCAAUACAAAGCUACCCAAUAAUACCUUCGUUUUUCUCGAUUCUCAUUCAGAGGUAGCCCUGGCUUCGAGCCAUCGGAUGAUGCGUCUCCCCUGUCAUUUAAGGGACUCACUGCUUCAUGAAAUAGAACUCGGCAUUCUUAAGGUUUUAGAAAAUAAAGAGAUCGAGAAAAUGAUUCUCUCAGAUAUUUUCUGCAGAUGUGCUUUUUUGUCAAAUUUCCUGUAUGUGAAUGUGUUGGAAUUGGAAUUGGCUAGCAUAUUUGGCGGAUUGUUGGUGAUUAGUCAUAAUGUAACUUUGGGACCUGAGAAACGAAGGCAGAUGAUCUUCUUCUUCAGAAGAGGAUCGAUACCAACAACUUUUGGGGCGAAGAGAGGAUUUCCCGCUUCACAUGUUGGUUUCUCUGUUAUCGUACCUGGUGUUUGGGUUCCUUCCACCGGUUGUAUCUGGGUUUUCAUUCCGUUUGUAUUUGCGGUUCAAGUUUUGGUGAUUCUCACUAAUGUUUCAGGAAUUUGCCAAACACUGAUGGUAGACUCGUUUGCUUACCUACCUCCUAACUCAAAGCAUCACUUUGAGAGUUAUGAAUCUUCUACACUUGUUGUAUUUGAAAAAAGGUAUGCUUACCUAGAAGAUCAUAUUCCCGAGCCAAUUGUUGGCUCCACCAAUUAGCAGCCACUUCUUGA